AUGUCCGCCUUUGCCCGUGAAGAGGAAUAUCUUCAAUUUGCCCUGGAGGUAGUGAAACAAGCCGGUCAUUUGGUGAAAACUGCGUUCUCGACCCCCGAAAGCAAUGUGGAGACGAAAGCGUCGGCCACGGACUUGGUCACAGAGACUGAUAAAGCCGUCGAAGAGCUGCUGAUCAAGAGCAUCUCCGAGAAAUACCCGGAUCAUCAGUAAGUUGGCAAAUGAUGUCAUGAAUAAUAUAAAAAUUUUGGAGGACUAGAGAAAUUGAUGUUGGAAUAUGAAGUAUAUUAAAUACAGAGUAAUUUCAGACCAUUUGAGCUUCAUUUGACCUUGUUUUACCCAUUUUUUGCAACCAACUUUUGUCAUGGAUAAUAUAAAAUUUUUUUAUAAAAGCUGAAAUUCAUGCUGAAAUAGUUGUAAAAUUAAAUGGAGAGUGAUUUCAGACCAUAAAAGUCUUAUUCUACAUUGGUUUACAUCUUUUUUUCACCAAUUUUUUCAAUUUAUUACCUAUUUUUCAGAUUUAUUGGAGAAGAAUCCGUCGCUGCUGGCAAACGUUCACCCUGGACUGAUGCCCCCACUUGGAUCAUUGAUCCGAUCGAUGGGACCACCAACUUUGUCCAUCGGAUCCCAUUUAUCGCGAUUUGCGUUGGCCUCACCAUCAAUAAGGAGAUCAGAGGUGGGAUUGUUUACAACCCGAUCACUGAUGAGCUAUUUACUGCGUUGAAGGGAAGAGGUGCUCUCAAAAAUGGCUUCCCAAUCCAUGUCUCGAAAACUACAGGUAAGAUUUUGAAUUACGCACCAUUAAAAAAAUGUCACGAUGACUGUCAUCAUGACAUGGAGAAUAUCGCGGAAAAAAUUGUUGAUUUCAAAUUUCAACGGCGUAUUUUACUUUUUUAGACAACUGAUUUUUUUUUUUGAAUACUAGAUUUCGCAAAAAUAUGUCAUUAUGACAAAAUUUUUCGGUCAUGAUGACACAUUUUUAAGCUCGGCGGGGAAUUUCGGUAAAUGGCUAAAAAUGAUCAGACUGGCCCAGAAUGAAUGUUUAUAUGCAUUUUUGGUGUUAUAGAAUUCAACAAGGCGGUCAUCUGCACCAGUCUCGGCAUCCACAACAUUGUGGAAAAGGGCCAGCAAUGGCUGGAGACGGCCCUCGAUAAUCACCGCAAAUCCGUUCAGAAUGGCGUCCGAGGGUGCGUUUUUUGCUGUCUUGUGGAUUUGUGAUUGAAAUUUCUCAUUUUUGUAAUUUGUUUUUUGGGUGUGUAAGGUGUAAUAUCAGUGAGAUGUUGAUGUGUCUGCGUGUGAAUUGUGGUUUUCUGCGUCUAUUUUUUGUUUUGAGGAUGUGUCUGAUGUUUGUGAGUGUUUUACGCACGUAUUUGCCGAUACGAAAUUUGGGUUAUAUUGUGCUAGGUAGGCGAAGGUCAAAGAUUACUAAAAAUAUGGAAAGAAUGGUCUCCCAUAUCCUUGAAAUGAAUAUAAAUUUUGACAAUAAGGCUUAAAGAUUAUGAUAAACGUCAGUAAUCAUACAGUAUGAAAAAAAGAUAAGCAAAAAUCACAAAAAUUUUUUACAAAACUAAAAAAAUCAUCGAAUUUUUUCGAAUCCAUUGAUAGCCUUGGUGAAUUUCAGCCCUGACCAAGGCCGUAGUCCUAGCCCAGCUCGGCGCCGAUCGUUCUCCCGCGCAGAUGCGCUCCUUUAUCAAUAACUUCACCGCCUUAAUGGUCGAUAAGAACAUGCAUGGGUGGGGUGUUUACUAUAUUUUUUGUGGUGCUAGAUUUGCCUGUUGACAGAAUAAGUAAUUUACUUUCUAACUGUGGGGAGUUUUUUAGCCAUAGAUGAGUUUUUAGAUUUAAAUUUAAUGGAUAUUGUUUUAGCCCCCUAAAAUAAUGUUUUGAUGAGAAAAUCGUUGAAAUUUCUGUAGGAAAUACGAAAUCUUAUAUUAGGUAUUAUUUUUCAUCCCAUAUUAAAUCUAUUUAAGCCUAUCCUUUUUGUUUUGUAUCGGAUUUGCAUUAAGAUUUUCGGUGAUAUUACUUUAGAUGUCCAAGUAUCAAAAAUAAUCUUUUUUUGACUAAAAUCUCACAGAAUUUAUUGUAUAAUGUUGAGUGUUGUAUUCCGUAUACUUUACAGUGCAUGUCCAUUGCAUUUACUUCGCUCUAACUGCCGCAUUUUCUCUUUCAGACACCGCGCUUUCGGCUCGGCCGCCAUUAACAUGGUCUACGUUGCGCAGGGCUCGGUAGAUGCCUACGUUGAAUACGGAAUUCACUCCUGGGACAUUGCCGCCGCCGCUAUCAUUGUCUCGGAAGCUGGCGGUGUUCUGAUCGAUCCCACCGGCACCUCAUUCAACCUGAUGUCGAGGAAAGUUUUGUGCGGCGCUUCGGAGCCCCUGGUCCAGGAAAUCAGCAAAAUCCUCACUCAUGUCGAGUUCGAGCCCGAAUUGUAA